AUGCUGUCCUUGACUGAGGAAAACAUAACCAGGAUCCAUGAGGAAGUUAACAAAUCCAGGAUGUUCAAAAAAGCCAUCGAUUUAGUGAAGGAAUUGCAAGAGGCGAAGAGACUUUCCGAGGAAGUGACGAUCCUAUGUUGGGUCCCCUUGUCUCCCGAGGCACACAACCAGACCGCCCGGCAUGUCAGGGCCACGUGGGGGAAGCGGUGCAACAAACUCAUCUUUAUGAGUACUAAGGAUGGUAGGGAUAUGGGCGAAGGCUAUGUUAUGGGCAGAGAAUCAGUUCGAAGGUUUAUAGAACAGGCGUUGCCAAACACCGCGAUCUGUAACCCGAUUGGAAAGGCGGAGGAUGUGAAGCUCGGAAACUGUCUACAAAGAGUUGGUAUAAAAUUCGGAGACACACGGGAUCACAUCGGACAAGGAAGGUUCUGGCAACACCAUCCGAUAUCAAUUAUUAAAGAGACCAAACUUGUAGAAAGUUACCAACAUUAUCCAGUUCUUGAACUUGGCGAAUGCUGUGUGGUAUGGAAGCCACUAACGCCGACGUUACCUGGCAGAGCAUAA